AUGGCACCCGCCCACGCAGAAACAUCACGCAAGCAAGACGACAAGAGCAAGCUGGAAGAUGAAGUUAGAUUGCGCCAGUUCACCGAAGAAGUUCUGGAUUCACGACAAGAAGAGCUUGAAUUACAGGAAAAGGAGAAUACGGCACUAUCAAAGCAGCUGGAGUCACUACAGCAGGAGUUGAAAGAGGCGCAGGCCCAGCUCGCGCAAGCUCGAAGCCAAUCCAGUAAAAAGGACAAGGCUGCCGAAGAACCCAAACGCCAGACCAGUCGCCCGUCUUCGCUGAGGAAAGAUAUCACGGAAGCUGAAGCUCGGGAAGCCUAUGGAAACCUAUGCGAGAACAUUCAACGCUGGGUUGAGCAUCGCAUUCGGCCUGUUAUAGACGAUCUAGCCAGUGGUCACUACCGCUGUCAGCCAAGCCCAGCUCAGUCAACAAGAUUUGUAUCGCUAAUGAGAGAGCCGGCGACAAGCUGCCUUAAUGUCUGGCAUUCCGAUGAAUAUCAUUUCAGAGCACUCAUAAUGCAAUACCUAUGGCUGGUUUUCUUUGCCAAAUCUUUCUACUGCCCUCUGGAUGAUGGUGACGGUGAGACUGCUGCUGCGUGGAUUGAUGAAUUAGAGAACGCGAUAUCUAAGCUUCCUCGAGAUAUUUCGCAUUGCAGAGAAUGGAGGGCUGAGACGCUCACGGCAUUGACUAGCCAGGCCUCGUUCAAGUCUAGAAGAGCACAAUAUCUCAACCUUAUCACCGAAGACCUUGCCUCUCUUAUAUCAGUUGUUGUGCCAUACCUGACCGCUGCAGAAUUGCAAAGCUCUCUUCGGACAAACAUAAUUGAUCCGGCAGUGGAUCUUGCCCACCGACUUCAGCUUUCACCGAAUAUUUUCACUCUUAGGUGGCCUGCGCGAACCGCAAGAACAAAGUUGGACACUUAUGAGUGUAUCAAUCUUGCUAACGACAGUGCGGUUCUCGGCUCGGGUGAUGCCGGCAAACCGUCCGACGCUCUAAAGAAUGCCUCAUAUCUGUUCGAUGUGGCCCCCGGUCUCUUUGUUGAGACAGUUGGAGGGGCGAAGAAAUCGGCAGCAAAAAUUAUUUGCAGACCCACGGUAUUGGUUUACGGAGGAGAAAAAGAUGGCGAGAUUCCACAAAAGGCUAUGACUCUAACUAGACUCUUAUGGGAUUAUGCGAACGGAUCGAAAGCACGAUCUCACGGUCCAUCGCGAAAUGGAUCACCCAAAAGGUCUUCCAGAAUGCGCCUUGAUGGCGGGUGGAGCUGA